UCCAUGGGAGACAAUGUUGUAGUGUCCAAUAUGGAGCUUGAAAGAUUGCUUAGCAUGAAAGGAGGCAAAGGAGAGAGCAGCUAUGCCAACAAUUCCCAAGCACAGGCCAUACAUGCCAGGUCCAUGCUUCACCUUCUCAAAGAAUCACUAGAUGGAGUUCAACUUCAAGCCCCUAAUAUCCCAUUUGUGGUUGUGGAUUUGGGGUGUUCAUGUGGUAGCAAUACCAUUAACGUGGUGGAUGUGAUCAUCAAGCACAUCAUCAAACGCUAUGAGGCCUUAGGAUUAGACCCUCCUGAAUUUUCAGCUUUCUUCUCAGACCUUCCUAGCAAUGAUUUCAACACCCUCUUCCAGCUCCUUCCUCCACUAGCCAACUAUGGUGUUAGCAUGGAAGAGUGCCUCGCCGCCAACAACCACCGCUCCUACUUCGCCGCCGGCGUCCCCGGCUCUUUCUACCGGAGGCUUUUUCCAGCGAGGUCCAUUGAUGUUUUCCACUCAGCCUUUUCUUUGCAUUGGUUAUCUCAGGUACCAGAAUCUGUGAUGGACAAGAGAUCAAGUGCACACAACAAGGGAAGGGUGUUCAUCCAUGGUGCUGGUGAGAUCACAGCAAAUGCUUACAAGAAACAAUUCCAAACAGACUUGGCAGGGUUUCUGAGGUCAAGGUCUGUGGAAUUGAAGAGAGGGGGGUCCAUGUUUUUGGUUUGCUUAGGCAGAACUUCAGUGGACCCCACAGACCAAGGUGGGGCUGGUCUCCUCUUUGGGACCCACUUUCAGGAUGCUUGGGAUGAUCUUGUCCAAGAGGGAUUAAUUAGCAGUGAGAAAAGAGACAAUUUUAACAUUCCAGUUUAUGCACCAAGCCUGCAAGACUUCAAGGAGGUGGUUGAAGCAGAUGGUUCAUUUGCCAUAAACAAGCUUGAGGUUUUCAAAGGGGGAAGCCCUCUUGUGGUGAACCAGCCAGAUGAUGCUAGUGAAGUAGGAAGGGCUCUUGCCAACAGCUGUAGGAGUGUGUCUGGUGUCCUUGUUGAUGCUCACAUUGGUGACAAGCUUAGUGAGGAGCUGUUUAAGAGAGUGGAGCAUAGAGCCACAAGCCAUGGCAAAGAGUUAUUAGAGCAACUACAGUUCUUUCACAUAGUUGCAUCUCUUUCUUUUGCUCUAUGA